CCAACUACUACUCGGUUUUGAUAAUGACUCAAAGGAAUAGUUCAAAGGAAAAAGCCCAUCGCUGGUCAACACCAACACGGUCAUGGGCAAAAGAUGGCCACGACCUGAAACGGAGCCGGUUUGGACUCCCCCGUUGUCUGCGCCCGCGACCUCACCUCGCCACCUCCGUCGUCGGGGCUCAGAGGAUCGCAUCACCAACCUCGUGCUAAGCCGGCCCAUUCCGUGCCGCAUCGCCGUCACGCUCGGCCAAACCGACUGUUGACUUUGCCAUGCCACAGUCGCCGUUGAGCCGCCCUUGCUCGACCUUUGCUCCGAGCUGCCCCCGCUUCACAGCGUACGCCACAGCUGCCGCCAUCUGCAAAGAGCCGCCGUCCGGAUCUCGGGCCUCACCUCCGCCGGCCCUCUGCACCAUGCUAAGUCACCGACCUAUUGUGGCCCUGUGCCGAGCCGUCGUGGCCUGCCGGAGCCACCGUGGCCGGUCUAGCUUCACCGAUCUCCGUCGGGCCGGCCGUGAGCCACCGUGGCCGCACGGCCUCACCUCGCUGCCUCCGCUCUUCUAUGCCCGCGCAGGCGUACAUCCGCGUCCGGCGCGUUCCCGCCUUGCCGCGUUCCACGCGCCGCAGCUGAUCCUGCGCAUCCACACUGCCGCUUGACAUUAUCCAGCGACGUGGCUGUUCAGUGAUACAUUAGACGUGCAUCUGUCCGGUUAUUUUUGGUCCAAGCACGUCCAGCGUCCGUGAUCAUCCAACAAAAAAUACCAGGUGCUAUCUUAUCUAUUUAUAUUUGGUGCAUAUUGUUUUUAUCAAAGAACAAUUACUCUGAUCUUUGCUGUUUUUGGACAGGGUCAUUAUUUGUUAUAAAGGUGUCGCAAAGGGGCAUGCGCCAAGAUUAUCGCACUAGGACUGAUCCUUGCCAUGCUACUGGAUGGUUAUAUGGGUAAAUCGCCGUCCCCCGCUUCAUCAACACAUGGGACUAACUCGCCCGUCCAUGCUGGCUUACAACGCCGCGGCCAACUCGUCCGUCCAUGCCAGUUUACAACCCGCGGCUGACUCUACCGCCCGCACCGGUGUACCAUGCCGCGGCCGACUUAUCUAUCUGAGCCGCCUCUGAUGUUGCAGUCGUCCUUGUCGUCCGUCUCUCACGGCCUGGUCUACAUCAAUAUAUCGGGCCGCACUGUCUGCA